CGGCGGCGGCGGCGGCGGCCGUGAGUGUCGGGCGGGCGUCCGCGUCCAGGACGCGGGAUGGAGCGCCGCGGAUUUCAGUUCUUUUGACUGUUCCAUGAAAGGAUGAUUGCUCACAAACAGAAAAAGACAAAGAAAAAACGUGUUUUGACAUCAGGCCAACUCUCUGCUGAUGUGACAGCUUCUGAAAUGGGGCUCAAGUCCAUAAAUUCCAACUCCAUUUUGGAUCCUGAUUACAUCAAGGAGCUGGUGAAUGACAUCAGGAAGUUCUCCCAUAUGUUACUGUAUUUGAAGGAAGCUAUUCUUUCAGACUGUUUUAAAGAAGUCAUUCAUAUACGUCUGGACGAACUUCUUCGUGUUUUAAAGUCUGUAAUGAGUAAACAUCAGAACCUCAAUUCUGUUGAUCUUCAAAAUGCUGCAGAAAUGCUUACUACAAAACUGAAAGCUGUGAACUUCACAGAAGUAAAUGAAGAAAACAAAAAUGAUCUCUUCAGAGAAGUGUUUUCUUCCAUUGAAACCUUGGCCUUUACCUUUGGAAAUAUCUUGACAAACUUUCUCAUGGGAGAUGUAGGCAGUGAUUCAUUAUUGCGACUGCCUGUUUCUCAGGAGAGUAAGUCUUUUGAAAAUGUUUCUGUGGAAUCAGUGGACUCAUCUAAUGAAAAAGGAAGUUUUUCUCCUAUAGACUUAGACAGCAUGCUGUUAAAGAACACUGACUCUGUAGAACUGGCAUUGUCAUAUGCCAAAACAUGGUCAAAAUACACCAAGAACAUAGUUUCAUGGGUUGAAAAGAAGCUGAACUUGGAAUUGGAGUCCACUAGAAAUAUUGUCAAGCUGGCAGAGGCAACUAGAACUAGCAUUGGACUACAGGAGUUUAUGCCACUGCAGUCUUUAUUUACCAAUGCUCUUCUUAAUGAUAUUGAGUGCAGUCACCUUUUACAACAAACAAUUGCAGCUCUCCAAGCCAACAAAUUUGUUCAGCCUCUACUUGGGAGAAAAAAUGAAAUGGAGAAACAAAGGAAAGAAAUAAAAGAACUUUGGAAACAGGAGCAAAAUAAAAUGCUUGAAACAGAAACUGCUCUUAAAAAGGCAAAAUUGUUGUGCAUCCAACGUCAAGAUGAAUAUGAAAAAGCAAAAUCUUCCAUGUUUCGUGCAGAAGAGGAGCAUCUGUGCUCAACUGGUGGAUUGGUGAAAAAUCUCAACAAGCAGCUAGAAAAAAAGCGAAGGCUGGAAGAGGAAGCUCUUCAGAAAGUAGAAGAAGCAAAUGAACUCUACAAAGUUUGUAUGACAAAUGUUGAGGAAAGACGAAAUGAUCUGGAAAAUACCAAAAGAGAAAUUUUAACACAACUCCGGAAACUUGUUUUCCAGUGUGAUCUUACCCUUAAAGCUGUGACAGUCAACCUCUUCCAGAUGCAACAACUGCAGGCUGCCUCGCUUGCAAACAAUUUGCAGUCUCUCUGUGAUACUGCCAAACUCUAUGACCCAGGCCAAGAGUACAGUGAGUUUGUUAAGGCCACGAAUUCAACUGAAGAAGAAAAAGUUGAUGGGAAUAUACAUAAACAGUUAACAGACAGCUCCCACACUUCCGGAUACGGGCCUUCUGACUCUUUAGAGGACGUCGUGCGCCUGCCUUACAGUUCCAACAAGAUUGAAGAGGACAGAUGCUCGAACAGUGCGGACGUAACAGGUCCUUCUUUUAUCAGAUCAUGGACAUUCGGGAUGUUUAGUGACUCCGAGAGCACUGGCGGGAGCAGUGAAUCUAGGUCUUUGGAUUCCGAAUCUAUAAGUCCAGGAGACUUUCACCGAAAACUUCCACGAACUCCAUCCAGUGGAACCAUGUCUUCUGCAGACGAUCUGGAUGAAAGGGAGCCACCGUCCCCUUCAGAAGCCGGACCUAAUUCCCUUGGAACAUUUAAGAAAACGUUGAUGUCAAAGGCAGCACUCACUCACAAGUUUCGCAAACUGAGGUCCCCCACAAAGUGCAGGGACUGUGAAAGCAUCGUGGUGUUCCAGGGUGUUGAAUGCGAAGAGUGUCUCCUUGUUUGUCACCGGAAGUGUUUGGAAAACUUAGUCAUCAUUUGUGGUCAUCAGAAACUUUUGGGAAAAGUACACUUAUUUGGAGCAGAAUUCACACAAGUUGCAAAAAGGGAACCAGAUGGCAUCCCUUUUAUACUUAAAAUAUGUGCCUCAGAGAUUGAAAAUAGAGCCUUGUGUCUACAGGGAAUUUAUCGUGUAUGUGGGAACAAAAUAAAAACUGAGAAACUGUGUCAAGCCUUGGAAAAUGGAAUGCACUUGGUAGACAUUUCAGAAUUUAGUUCUCAUGACAUCUGUGACGUCUUGAAAUUAUACCUUCGACAGCUCCCGGAACCAUUUAUUUUAUUCCGAUUGUAUAAGGAAUUUAUAGACCUUGCUGUAGAGAUCCUACGUGUAAAUGAAGAACAAGAGACAAGAAAGGACAACCUCGAGGACAAAAAAUGCCCAAGUACAUGUAUAGAAAUAAACCGAAUUCUUCUAAAAAGCAAGGACCUUCUAAGACAAUUGCCAGCGUCAAAUUUUAAUAGCCUUCAUUACCUCAUAGUCCAUCUUAAGCGAGUCGUCGAUCAUGCAGAAGAAAACAAAAUGAACUCCAGAAACUUGGGGGUGAUAUUUGGACCAAGUCUCGUGAGGCCGAGACCCACAGCUGCUCCCAUCAGCAUCUCGUCUCUGGCUGAGUACUCCAAUCAAGCGCGGCUGGUUGAGUUCCUCAUCACCUACUCACAGAAGAUCUUCGACGGCUCCCUGCGGCCGCAGGACGUAGCUGCAGGUGGCGCAGGUGGCGCUGCACCUCAGAUUGAGCAAGGCCCUCUUCUGAAGCCUCUGUUGUCACCAGAAGAAAAAGAUCCGGAGCAUUCUGUGAAGUCACUCUUCUUUUCUUCAAAGGAAGAUAACAAUACUGCAGACAGUGAAAGCAGAAUUUUUGAAUCUGCUACAUCAUUUGAGGAAUCAGAACGAAGGCAAAAUGCGUUAGAAAAAUGUGAUGCAUGUCUCAUUGACAACAAAGUGCGUUUGCUUGUAGACCAAGAGCUUGAAUCAGCAUCACAAAAGGUGGAAGAUGUUUGUAAAACCUCCAGGCCACUUACUCUGAAAUCCCACAGGGAGACAAACGGUGUUGAGAGGCACACUCCACGGACCAAGGUCAGACCUGUAAGUUUGCCUGUCGACAGACUGCUGCUGCUUGCAAGCCCUCCUAACGAGAGGAGUGGCAGAAAUACGGGAAAUACAAAUUCAGACAAGUUUUGCAAGAAUCCUUCCUUUGAAGGAGUUAAUAGGAAAGACCCAACUACUGUUUGCUCCAAAUCUGAUGGCUUGAAUCAGCAGACUCUACAAAAAGCUCGGGAGAAACAGUACGAACAGAAUGACCUGACUGCAAAGACUGCACGGAUCGCGCCCGGUGCAUUCCAGGAAAGAGGAGGGACGGCCAGCAGCAGCAGGCUGCCGGGGGACCACCCCGUCAGCACCGCCCAGCCCAGCAAGCCAUACGCAGAACCCUUCAGGCCAGCACGACAGGUGGCCGAGAGACGGUCCUCGGACUCAGGCCCUCCUGCUCCCGUCAGAGCACCCAGGACACUGCAGCCCCAGCAUUGGACGACGUUUUAUAAACCACGUGUUCCCACCGGUGGCGGGAGAGGGGACGAGGAGAAACCUGUGACACCCUCGGCAGCCACGCCCCCGGGCACAGCUCCCGCCCCGCAGGAGCACGUGCUGAAACCAGGGCCAGACUCGGAGAGGCCGCCGGCGAGCCCCGCGCAGCCGGCGGGCGAGCCCAGGGACGCGGCCGAGGCACGCGACGUGUCUGGCGCGCACCCCGCGUGCCCGAGACCGCGGCUGAAACGGAUGCAGCAGUUAGAAGACCUGGAAGAUGAAAUCCCACAGUUUGUGUAGGGUUGUCAGAAUUCUGUGUUUCUUUUUCCGUCGCUUUGUGAUACUGUGUUUGUUUUCUGGAAGAAAUUUUUGACAGGGCCCCUUUCGUACAGGAUUGCCAAAUCAUGGAUUUUGCCUCUUGUCCCGGUAGCAUGUGAUCCCGUGUUGGUUAUGUUGAACGGUGGACAGCUUUGAUAGGGUCCCGUCUCUGCCUCGCUGGAAUUGUAUGUACUUUUGAAGUUGUGAAUAAAUAGACAGAGUCGUGUUUUUUAAAGUUCAGUUCAUUUUCCCCGUUAAAUGGUCCAUUUAAGUGCAUCCCUAAUGCAGCGCUCAACUAAUAGGUGCAAUUGAGGGAAAUCAGCUUUAUUUUUUUGAAGUGAAACUAUGUGCUUAUUUAUAAAAAGAGUGUUUCUGAGUGCAAGUGCCUGAAAGAUCUCUGUUUGGUAUGAUUGUUUUUUUCACACAGUUUGUAGUGUAUCUUUGACCAUUUGUGCUUUUAGGGUAUGUAUGUAAACUUUCAUUUUUCAAUUUGCAAUUCACUUAACUUUUUAACAUUCACAUAGUGGCCAAAAGGCUUACAAAUCUGCAUUAAUUACAUUUUAAUUAAUUGCUAGAUUUUACAUGUGGUAGUCAGUUGAAUUGUACAGGGAAAAUGCACUUAACCAUGUUUCUAAAUUGUGUAGUUCAGUCAUAUCUUAUUUGGCUUUAGAUAUUAUACAUUUAAUAGUUUUUCACUUCUUGGCUUUGUUCUGCAUAAACUUUUGUUGUUCAACAGUUGUGAACCGUUUGGUGUUUUAUAUAAUAGUCCAAAAAUGUUUUAAAAUUCAGUCCAUUUCCUCUUAAUAUUACCUGGGUUUUUAAAAAAAAAAAAAAACUUUUCCUUUUGUAUGAAAUGUUUUAUGUAUGAAUAAUUUUAUGUACUUUUUCCACCUGAAUUUAUAACCAUUGACAAUGUAUGUUUCAUCUGAAUCGUGCAAAGAUUUAUUUAAGUUGAUUCUAAGAGUAUAAUUCAAUAAGCCUCAUUGUUUGGAAUUUGAGAGGAGGUGUAGAUGAUUGGAUAUAUUUCAUAUACAAAAUUCCCAAUUUUAGAACUAAUGCAGUUCUGUUCUUUUCUUGGUUUUGUCAUUUUGCCUAAAGUAGGAUAUAAAAGGGACAAGAAAGAGCCUUUUUGUAUGUGUGAAUUAUAUUUGUAACAAAUGCUUUUAUAUGACCAUGUUAUACUUGAUAAAAAUAUAUAUAUUAUAUAUAUUAACCUGUUAAA